GAGCUGUGCCAUGCCAGGGCGUGAUCCCCGGUCUUCCCUCCUCGUGGGCUGUUUGCGAAGAGCCAGGAGAGAGGGCUGGAUUGCCUGCACGCUUCUGGGCAGCGAUGCCAGCGAGAAGAGUGGAGCUACAGAUUUUGCUGUUGAGUGGAGAAUGGGGAAAACUCUUGCCUCAGUGCUAUCCUCUGCUCAGCCUUUACAUGCUCGGCUGAGCUGCUGCAAGGUGCCACUUUCUGCUGCUUUUCUCCCCUUUGUUUUCUUUGGCAGCUCCCUAAGUGCUGUAGCAAAACAGCUUCAGGGGAGCUGGGCUGGCACAGCCAUCUACCUCCAUACUGGUGCUGGUUUAUAGGCGGCGAGAAGAAACCUGGACUGAGGUCGGGUUGAGUUUGUUUAGCCUCCCGCGAAACUGCGGGGAAAGGGGACGGGAACAAUUUCAGAGAGGUCUCUUUGGAACCGACGCCAGUGGCUGGCUCGAGAGAAAAUGAAAAAGGAGUGUGUUUCGAGAUCUUUCAAACUCAAACAAAACCCAGGCUCCCUCUCGCGUGCUGUCAGCUGGAUAAAUUUCUCGUCCUUGUCAAGGCAGACAAAGAGAUUGUUUCGCAGCGAUGGGGAGCUCUCCUCCAUGUGCGUGCAGCAGGUAGACGAGGAUGACGAGAACUGGACCUACCGGAGCCAGCAGAGGAAAGCUGUUUCCAACCUAGAUGAAGAGAGUAGAUGGACUGUGCACUACACUGCUCCAUGGCACCAACAGGAAAAUGUUUUCCUACCCUCCUCAAGACCACCUUGUGUGGAGGACCUGCACAGACAAGCCAAACUGAACCUCAAGUCAGUGCUGAGAGAGUGUGACAAGCUGCGGCGGGAUGGCUACCGGAGCUCGCAGUAUUACUCUCAGGGCCCCACCUUCUCCUCAUCCUCCAGUGCAAUCUGUGGAAGUUACCAGGAUGAUUAUGAAGAAAUUGAGCAAAAGUGUCCUGUCUCUUCCCCUGAAGAAGAAAAGCUUAUUACCAUCAAAAGGCCUAAAAGUCCAGCUACAAAUGACUUAUCAGAUAUCAACACCCAAACCAACUGGACUAAGUCUCUCCCACUGCCAACACCAGAAGAGAAAAUGCGACAACAAGCGCAAGCCGUCCAAACAGAUGUGGUUCCUAUUAAUGUGACUGGGGAGAAUUUCGACCGCCAAGCCAGCAUUCGGCGGUCUCUAAUUUACACAGACACGGUGGUAAGACGGCCGAAGAAAGUCAAAAGGAGAAAGACUAUUACAGGAAUCCCUGACACCAUACAAAAGGAGCUAGCAGUUGGUACUGGCCAGAGUGAUUUCCGAGGGCAUUCGAUGUAUGUCCCAGAUCACUGUUCCACGCUAGGGAGACUAGACAGCUAUCGCUCUGCCAUGCAGCGCUCUGAAACCAAGGAUACCAGCUGCCAGACGGAGGAAGUUAAAGUUGUGCCCCCUUCAAUGAGAAGAAUACGAGCACAGAAAGGACAAGGCAUUGCAGCCCAGAUGUCUCAGUUCUCCAGCUCAUCUGGAAACAUGUCAGUGAUGAGUGAUUCUGCUGCAGUUAUAUUUGCUUCUCGCCAAAAUAACGACAUAGGUUUUCACAGCUUGCCUCGGGUUGGUGCGAGAGUGUCUCUGCAGUCCCUAGAUCAGACACAGAGCAUGAUGUCGAGGCAGACAGAAGACAUUGCUGGCACUUUACCCCACCAGAUAAGCAAAUUGCAAGUGGAUGAUAGUGUUGUGCAUCUGAGAAAUAAUCCCACGAUGGGGACCCUGUCGAGGCCAAAGUCCCAAGAGGUGAGAAGCUGUGAUAGUGAGAAGUCCUCAAGCCCAGCAUGUGUGGUCUCUCCUCAUGCCACUUACUCAACGAGCAUCAUACCCAAUGCAACACUGUCAUCCUCCUCUGAAGUUAUACUCAUCCAUGCUGCCCAGAGUGUUGGAUCAUUGGAUAGUAAAAUUUCCAGCUCCACUGCCUUUCCAAAUCCAAGAGACAAUCCUGCUGCCAGCAGUGCAAUAAGUGGGAAAGAAGAUCACCAUUCUUCAAGUGGUAACUGGAGUGAGAGUAGCUCAACACGUCACUCGCAGACUUCAGAUACCAUCCCAUCUAACUCUGUCAUGAUGCUUUCUCUUGGUGACUCUGCUGUCUCUCUAAGCACUUCUGGGAAUGCAGAGGCUGGGUCUCAGAGCAUGAGCUACAGCUCUAGGAACACUGCGGCUUUACCAAGCCCUUCCCAGGACAGCGAUGGUCGGAGUGAAUCCAGCUAUUCUGGGGAGCGAGCACAGGCAGCAGUGAGCAGCACGGAGCAUUGGUUGUACAGGUCUUCAGAAAACAGCGAGACCCCUUCACGCAAGGUGGUCUGUACCACACCAGGCUGUGCCACGCCUGUUAGCAACCUGAGCAGCAGCAGCCUGGAGAGGACGUCGGUCAGGGACGAUUCUACUUCCCUCUAUUCUGUGGACCAUGAUGGCUUUUAUGGCUCCAUGCAUAUGGACUCUGGACUGAAGUCAGACAUGCCAUGCAACAGUACUAAUGGUUUUGAAAACGCCAGAGAGAGCGUGAUAAAUGUCUUUGAAGGAAAGGAGAAGAAACAUCAGGAUGACCACUCAGGCCAAGGUGACAAAUCCCUUGCAAGAAACAUCUCGCUGAAAAAGGCAAAGAAGCCACCUUUGCCACCAUCCAGAACAGACUCACUCAGAAGGAUGCCUAAGAAAAAAGCCCAAUCCAAUGGACAGGUACUUGAUGAAACCCUCAUAGCCACCCUCCAGCAUUCUCUGCAGCUGAAUCUCAAGUGCAAAAAUGGCAGCUCCCCUUCCCAGAGCCCUUGCAGUGAUUAUGAGGAUCCCUGGGUGCUGCGCUCCCGCAGCCAAAGCUCGGUCAGUGCGAGCAGCAGCAUGAUGUCCACCACUGCUCCAAACCUGUACUCCAUCUGCACAGUCACCCCCUCCCAGAGUGAAACAAGCAGCAUAAAGUCAGAGUAUGCUGACCAGUGGGGUUACUACAGCGACUAUGCCGCAGUGGCAGAUGACCAGGUGAAAUCUCCAGUGACCCAUUCUGCCAGUGCAUCAUCUGCUCUCAGCGAUUAUAGCAUCAGCCACUUCAGUGAUGGCUCAAGGGCUUCUGUGCCACAAGUGCCCAGUGGACUGGCCAAACCAAAGAGCACUUCUCCAGAGAAAUCCCACCGAGUCACAUCACCAUCGAGUGGGUACUCCAGCCAGUCCAAUACACCCACUGCGCUUACUCCAGUGCCUGUACUUGUAAAGUCUGCAUCAUCAGGAAAUGGCAAAUCCAAGCUGAAGCCUAAAGUGCCUGAAAGGAAGUCUUCUCUUCUGUCUUCAGUCUCCAUGUCUUCGUCGUCCACUUCUCUUUCUUCAAAUACAUCUACUGAAGGGAGUGUGAGUGUGAAGAAACUGGACCCUGCCCUGAGCCCUCCUGUGGAUUCUGGUGCACCUCCUCCAGCACAUCCUCUUCCAACACCUCCACAUUGCCCUGACCUUUCUCCUCCUCCUCCUCCUCCUCCAGCAGAAGUCAUGGAUCUGUCACCGUUGUCAACCUCUCCCACGUUCCCCCCUCCUCCGCCAGAAGCCAAUGUAAAUUCUACCUUUGCUCAGACUGUCCCAUGGUUUCCACAAGAAGCCUCCAUCAGUUCAUUCUCUUCCCCUGUUCCUCCUCCUCCUUCUUGCCCUUUAGCUGUCCCACCACCAGCACCACCACUUGAUCCCAAAAUAACAAAAGGUGCAACAAUAUACCCACAGUAUUCCUUUAAGAAACGCAACCAGGAGGAUUCUUGCUACAGUCCAGUGAAACAGCCGCUCAACAAGCAAGAUUCAUCAAGACCUGUGAUGCCAUUAGUAACCACCAAAGCACUGCAAAUGGUGCAGUUGAGGUCUGUGAAAAAAUCAACAGAAGGUGAACCAUCAACUGAAUCAGCUUCUGAAACUAACUCUCAGGAAAAGAGUACUGCAAAUUCAUCGUCACAGUCUCUGCUAAAGCCAUCUCUCUCACUAAAACUCAGUUCCAGCUUAGGCGAUGAGGAAAUGAAAACUCAAGGCACUUCAUUUAAAAAUGCAGUUCAAACACUGUCUCGGGGUUCUCCUCUCAUUCUCUCUGAUAGCACACCUGUACUUGACAGUGAUCAAAAGCCUGUGAGUGCAGUAGGUCUGAAGAAAUCUUCUGAAGCCAGUGCUGUUGGGUUGGCCUCUGAUGACACACCUGAGUCCUCGGUGCAGAGUGAAGACCUCCCUUCUGGCAUGUCGCUUCAGGGGUCACCAGCAUCUCCCGAAAAGACUCAGGUUGUGUUGCCAAGCAAGAAACCACCUCCUAUUUCAAAGAAACCCAAACUGUUCCUUCUGGUACCACCUCCACAGUUAGACCUUACAGUGGAGAAAGCAGCUGAAGGGAAUGAUACUGCCAGAAGCCCAACUAAGAGAGACGCUGUGCUUGCACACUCAGAGGAGACGAGAAAUUGUCUUACAGAUGGACUCGGUUCUAGCGAGAUGGACUCUGGCAGCCUGGUUCCUGAGGGAGGAGCUGCUGGAUUCACCUUCUCUGAGACAGUGGGAGCGAAUGCCUUUGUGGUACAGCCUGCUGCAUCACCAGUUCAAGAAGAACCCAGGCAGGAGGAGCAAUCUGCUUUUGAUGAAGGAAGCAGUUCAGGCAGCAGCCAGGACAGUGGCAGUAACACUGAGGGGCACCUAUCUCAAGAGAACGAAAGUGUGGAGGUGUUUGAAUCAGACACAGCCAAUAGUUCAUUCCUGCCAAGCAGUACUUAUGGGGAAGAGACGGAUGGAGUGGCAACACCAGCAAGACCAAGGACUACUGAGGAUCUUUUUGCAGCCAUUCACAGAUCCAAAAGGAAAGUCCUUGGCCGUAAAGAUUCUGAAGACGACCGUACCCGCAACCAUUCUCCGUCGCCCCCCGUAACUCCCACUGGUGCUUCCCCAAAUUUAGCUACCCUCAAACAAGCCGGAUCUAUUCAGAGAAGUGUUCGCAAGAGCAGCACCAGCAAUGACAACUUCAAAGCCCUGCUGCUGAAGAAAGGGAGUCGCUGUGACACCAGUUCCCGUAUGUCCGCAGCAGAGAUGUUGAAGAACACGGACCCACGGUUCCAUCGGACAAGGACAGACGCCUCCCCUGACCUUUCUGACAGCCCUGCCAGCUGCUCACCCAGCAAGAGCAAACGGGCCCAGGAAGAGUGGGCCAAGAGUGAGGGCCUGAUGCCAAGGAGCAUGUCCUUCUCUGGCACGAGGUACGGCCGGUCACGGACACCCCCAUCUGCUGCCAGCAGCAAGUACAACGUCCGCAACCGCAUCCAGAGCAGCCCCAUGACUGUCAUUAGUGAAGGAGAUGGGGAAGCAGUGGAACAGUCCGAGGGCAGGGUCCGGAGGACUUUGGAAGAGCAGCAAGAGGGGCAGCUUGAUAUGUUUAACAGUGAUGAAAUGGACAUGAAUGACUUCCCGUAUGCUGAGGAGGCAGGCUGCAAGGAGAGCUUGGAUCCGGCCCAUGUAGACUUAAUGACUCAACCAGGUGCUUCAAGGAAGUAUCUCAACUCUUCAGCUGAAGAAAGUUAAAAGGCAGUGUGACAAAAGGCUUUGGAUAUUAGUCUAGAGAAUCACAGGGACUAGAUUCCAGAGGAAAGCCCAGACCAGGACAAGGUUACUUUGCUGAGCAUUUAUUCCAUGAACUGCAUGUGUAUGUUUAAAUGCUAAAGCAACGAUGGUUCUGCGUGGUUGGGUUGGGGUGGGGAGCACUUGCUUUGAAUGAGUGGUCUGUGGCUUGAAGAAGGUUAACAGUUGAAUUUUUUGUGUAAAGCCUUAGAAGUCCUCUUGUGGGUUGGGGUGGGGAAGUUUUCUCAGACUCUGUAGGGGUGUGAAGUUUUUCUUUUUCUUGAGACUGCAAUUGUGCAAGCAAAAUUUAGGAGUAAGCCUGAAAUGAGAAGGCUCCUGUGGUACAAGCUGGACAUUUGGUUCAAAAGCAUUGUAGUGAUGCAGCGCAGUGCAUUUGUUAAGCAGAGGGAGGCACAAUGAGGCACAUUCACCUCUGAGAGAAGGUGGUGCUGGGGUUACAUGGCUCCUUAGUGGGGUAUGGCCCAGCGUUCAAUGAAGUGUGUCCUGCUCAAGCAUGAGCUCACCAGGUUAUGGAUUGGUCCAGGGUACUGUAAUUUUAAUUCUUUUUCCUGAGGGAAAAUGAACUGUGUAGUUAAUGUGGAAAAGGGAGCUGAUUUUAUAACACACUACUAGCUGCUAUGCAGCCACACACGUUCACUUGGUGAAACACACAUUUCCAGGUGAAUUGCUUCCUUGACUGGAGUAUUCCCUUAGAGAGCUAGAACAGCUGGAUGUGUGGAGAGGGUGCAAGCAGACACCAGGAAAGUGGGAGAUGAAUGAAGCAGUGUACUGCCAGAAUUUGGAAGGGUUACUGUCAUAGUUUAGGAACAGUAUUCCCCAAUUUAUUGUUCCCACCAAACCAUGUACCACUCACUCACUCCCCUCCCCUCUUCUGCGGGUGGUUGGAGAGGAGAAUUGGAAGCACAAAAGGUGAAAGUUGGGAGCUGAUGAAAGAAAAAUCUACUGGGAACAACAAUGAAGUAAGAAAAUGGACAGUGACAGCAACAAUGCUUAGAGUGCGCACAGAAGAAGUGAAUAGCUCACAGGUGACUGCUCACCAUGCACAGUCUGGUAAUGUGUGAGCUGCUGCCCCACUUCCUUGUCCCCAGCAGUGUGUUGAGGUAGUGUAGAACAACCUCUGUGUCCUGGCCACAGCCCCUCCUGGCUACUGCAAAAAAAUAAACCCUGUCCUGGCCGGAACCAGGAGAGCUGUGUUUCUGAAUUAGAAAGAGAAAUUGACUUGCACUACAAAGCUGUAGGUGGAGCCCGUCUUUCAAAACUGAACUUGGGAGUUGUGUUUUGCCAGAAAUCUGUUUUCAUUUGUCAAAAUGGGGAGACUUACUUUUCAUCACUUGAAAUACAGAUACUUGCUAACUUUUGGUUACCAAAGAAUAAGUUACAGUUACUUUCCUUUUUGAUUUGCCUGCAGUAUUGCUCUUCUUCUUUAACCUUAAUAAUUUAGUCAGGUUCAUUUUUAUUGUAUAUUUUACAGAUAAGAACAUUUAACGGUUUUCCAAUUGUAAAGAAGACCAUUAAUUAAAACUGAAAUAUUGGCUGGAGUUUUUGGUUCUUGGUAGGAAUGAAGCUUUUAAUUUUUAAUAAGAAUUUUGCAUCAUUUGAUGGCAUGCGCAGUUUUUGUAUUGUUUGUAAAUAUUGAAAGUUGUUAAAAUAUCUUUUGAUCUCCUUACCAUAGAAUUUUUACAUUUUUAGAUUGCUUUUAAGACAAAAAAGCACUCUUUGUAGAUUAUUUAUUUUAGAGAAAUAUGCUUGUAAUCUCUUUCUUCAAUUCUUUACUUGUUAGUUAUGUAAAUUUCAGGGGCCUUCAUUUAACUCUUCCCUUCACUAGAGGGGAAUAGUGCUGAAAAUGCUGUGACUUUGCUUCAAUAAAGAAAAAGCCUGCCAGUUGCCAUAUUGUCUUUUGAGUCAAUUAAAAUCUCCUUCAAAAGAUGUGUCCCACAACGUAUGGCAACCCACUGAAUGCCAUAAUCCAUGCAUCCAGCUACUAAUCUCCAGUUUUCAUUGCAAAAUUUACUAAUUCACUUUAGAGACGACUAAAGUAUACUCACACAUCCAUCCCAUUUUGGUAUCUCAAUUCUGAGACUAAAAAAAUUUAAAUAAUCCUAAGUUUUUUCCAGUGUCAUGUGAGUGUUUCUACUGCUUCUCUCCUACUUGCAACCUGUCCCAGAAAACUAAAUUAUUGGAGAACCAGAUUAUAAGCAGAGUGAGUGAGAAGUGAAGUUGACAAGUUGAAUCCAGCUGCAGCCAGUGGAACAACGGUGAUAUCCACUGGUGUGCAGCAAACUUUCUACCAUUUUUAUAUGCUGACAAUAUUGAAAAAAACAUUGGAUUUUUGAAAUUAAAACCUAAUUGGAUAAAGUAGAUUAUUUCAGAUAUUAUUAAUACUGAUCUGAAUUACAUUCUGUUACAAAGAGGUAGCAGUGGCAGAAUGUUUUGCUCUAAACAUUUUGUGAUUGUUGCUUUGGUCUGUCUCCCACAGCUGAUCACAUGGAAUAUGAAAGGACCAAGUCCUUUUUACAGCAGGUACUGUCCCUUUAAAUGCUAGCCGGUCCUCGUGCCACCAUCCUGACAGGAUAACGUGUAAUAAAUAAUACACAGGUUUUGUUUUAUUGUUUACAGAUGGAAAAAUCAUCUAAGUGAAAAAUGGAGGCACUGGGCAGAAUUGUAGCUCUGGAGCCUGCAGCUUUUGCAGCCAUUUGCAGCCUUUUGCAUCAAGUGCCUGUAGGAGGGAACAUAGCCAGCUUGUUCCUUGGUGAUGAUGGCCAGCUGAUGCUGCCAGUUGUUUAUAUGGGCUAUGUGGGGAACUCUCUGGAAAAGCCUGGCUUAAAUGCACACCAUCUUGUCAGUGCAGGUAGAUGAAAUUAAACUUGAAUGUAGCACAGGCUGAAUUUCCACUCAGGCUUUGGCUAACAUGCAGAAGGCAGUGUUGGUGCAGCCCUACUGAUGUUGCUGCAUGACUACAUUUUACACAGUACAAGGUAUAGUGAAAUACCUUAAGUGUGCUGAAAUGUGUUUAAUGGUGCUUAUACCAUUUACUUAGGUAGCUGAUGUAACUUUCUUACAGAGGUGUCACCAUGUCAUCUCCCUGCAGCAGAACUGGUUAAUUAUUUUGCCAUGCUUACCGCUUCAUAGUUACUUUGUUAGAGGAUAAGCUUCCUCCAUAGGCAGGUUUUGCAGUUGAGGUUUUAUUGAUCUACAAUGUAGAUUAAGUUUAGCAAACCUCUGCAAAGGACAUCCAGAGGAGAAGGAGAGGAGGGCACAAAUGCAAACUUGCCUGUGCUGAAGAAAAAAAGCAGACUUGUCAUCAUGAUGCUUAAUGCAUCAUACUGUCACAGGGCUUGUUUAGAGUUUACAGGUAACAGUCCAUAGUUUGCCUCUAAACCAAGAAUCUUUACUGAAGCUAGAUGUGAGAUUAAUUACUGGUUUCUGUUUUACUGGAAAUGGUGUUCAGCUUCAGUCUUUUUCUAAAUUCUGCCCUAUAUUAACUCAUUUCAUGUUUUGUUCCUUUGUUUUCAAAGUUCUGCUGUCACAUGUAGGCAACCCCAAUAACCCUGUGAAUCAGAGCCCUCCAGUUACUCUGUUAAUACAUUCACAAGACUCAAAGGGACAUUUACGAGCCUUCACUACUAUUUGUAUACUAGAAAGGAUAACUCCUUAAUUGAAAUGAUGGAGGUUAUGCAAGGAGCAAUAGUUUGGUGAGAGGAGGUUUGGAAGGCUACUGGUUAUCAGUUACAAGAAUUGGGAAAGACAGGAUUUUGAGAAACCAAGAUUGGGAUGCUGGUUCUUGCAUAAGGCUCAGCCUGAAAGAAGGCACUGGCAGAAAAGGUGAAGCAAGGAGAUUACUGAGAAGUACAGUGAAUGCACAGAUUAAGGUAUGGGAUGGGCAGGCUAGUGCGGAUUCUAGAUGCUAAAGAAGUUUCAGCAAGUACAGAAGAGAGAAAAAGGUGAAGGAACAAUGGAAUAGCCACAGCAAGGAGGAAGAAAAAUUUUAGCCCAUGUGUUGUAUCCUAAUUCAAAGUGUGUAGAAGGCCAAAGUAAGUCAAACAUGGGGGAAUAAAAAAACAACAAAACCCCUAACAAUUUAGAAGAGGAAAAUGAGCAAAACUGGGUGAACUUAGAGAAGCAGUAAUAGGCUGAAGUGAGGACUGCUCUAGGAGACCUCAGGCAACGCAGUGUAGGUGGCUUGGGCACAACUCUUGGGAGGGUUCUAUAGAACCACCAUGCCUGAAGUCUGGAAGGAAUAAAGGGGAUUGGGAAGAUGAAAGCUCAGAUUGAUUUUGUCUAAUUUCUACCACCAACUGUACAUCCAGUGGUUCCAGUGGACUGGGUACAGGUCUCGAGACACUUGCACUGGGAUUUCCUGAAGCAAAGAGAGGCCACUCGUGCAUGCAGCACAGGGAUGAAUGUGUUAAUACUACUGCAAGCAAAUAGAUCUGAUUUGCUAUUCUUUGGAUACCACAAAGUUCUGGAAAAGUCAUUUAUAGCAGCAAUCACUGUUCAAACAAAGCCACUGCCACAGAACAUUUGAGUGAUUCAUUGUUGCAUUGUUUGCUUUUAUGGGAGAGAAUUAAAAGGAUGGACUUCAGUGGUAAAACAAAGUGUUACAUAACUUACAGUGGCAAUGAGGAAUCAUUUUAUCUGUUUUAUUUAAAGUAACUUCAGUACUCACAGAAGGG